CUCCGGGUCUAGUCCAGCUCCCUCUUUCGUUCUCUUCACGACAAACAGCCUGGUGCUGUCCCUUGCAUUUUUUGUGAACGUUACGAGUCACGAUCACGACAUUAUCGACAUGCUGGCCAAAGUGUUUGUGUAUGCGCUCCUCCCCGCCGUUAUCGUCAACGCGGCACCUGCGCGGCGCGGUCUGUUGGAUGACAUCUCUUCCGUUUGGGGUGAUGCGACUUCGGCAGUUCACUCUGCCUACAGCGAGGCAACUUCAGCUUACCACGAGGGAGUAGUCGACGAGUCUGCUACGCUCAUCUACGAAUCCGCCACCAAGCAGCUCGGUACCUCGACCGACAAGGUCUACGCUACCGUCACCACAAUCAGCAGCAUGCCCAUCGUAGAGGUCACCUCCGUCGGUGGCGCGGCGAUCACGCUCGCAACGUCGGGCACGAGCCAGCCGGUGACGACGACCUUCGCGGGCCACACGUUCCUCGUGCCGUCCACCAGCGCAACACACAACGCUGCUGUGGGCAUGCAGGGCAUGGCGGUGUCCCUCACGACGCUCGUCAGCGCGGCGACCGUCCUCGGUAGCAUCUUCGCCGGCGCGCUCUUCGUGUUGUGAACGGCCCUCGAGCCGGAGCAAAAAUUCACGACAUGUAUACAUGUAGUUUUGACCUUGCGAUGAUCCUCGUAAUGUUCCACCA